CACGCAUUGCGCAGUCGUGUGAGUCAGCUGUCAGGGCAACAUGAACGGCGCAGUCAGGUGAAGUGUAAAUAGUUUGUGAGUGGUUUGAACCGUAAAAAUAUUUCGCACUGUUGCUUGGAUUGCAAAGGCAAGUGGAUAAACGGUGGGACCAGUUUCCCGGAGAGGCGACAGAGCGAUUUGCUUUUAGGUUAAAAACGAUUCGGUGGAAAUUUUUGUCCUCUUCUGGGAGCGAUUCAACUGAACGAUUCUACGCUUCGAGAAUUGCGUUAUUCGUUACGGAAAGAGAACGAAACAGCUGGUCAGAGGCAACUUGAAAAACAUGCGAAUAAAAUGGACGACGAUCGUGUACGCGAUCGUUAGUUUGAUCGGGACGACGAGAUGCAGUGACAUCACUGCAGCGGUGUUCGGAGGCGUGCUGGAUGGCAUGCCAGCCGCGUUUGGAGACUUCAAUUCGGACGAAUUGACGGAUGUGUUCAUGUUACGCAACAACGGCACCACUGUCGUGGAGAUAUUCCUAGCUUCGGACCAGGAACCGCUGCUGAGGCCCAGCUCGGAUCUGACGUGUACGUUCAGUCGUACAGUGGUCGGCGUUGUGCCUGGAGACUUCGACGGAGAUGUUUUCAUGGACGUACUAGUGGUAACGUACGAACCAAGGGAGAAGUUAUCGUACGCUUACGUAUUAUGGGGUGGGAACGGUCAAUUGAAUUGCACAAAGGAGAGCGAACCAUUGGUAAAAAUGAGGGGCCAACCACUAGCAUUGGACCACAACGGAGACAUGAUCAUAGAUCUAUUUGGGCUGGAUGAACACGGGGACAGGAUGUUCUGGAUAUUUGACGAGAGUAGAAAAGCACCGAAAGCAGUACGAAUGCUUCCACCAAACCGCUCUUCCAUCCAGUUGGACCCUCUUCCACCAAUCGGCGAACCCCACUCUAACGCCUACUUAGACCUGAACAGCGAUUUCCUAGCAGACCUGGUGGUAACCACACGGAGAUCCUUCGAAAUCUGGCUGGGCGUCGAGAAGCGGGGUUUCGAAUUCCAAAAGACUAUACCAUUCCCGUACAACAUUUCACCAGACGAGAACUUCCCCGGUGUGAUCGGGCAGACCCUCUACCUGGAUAUGGAGUUGACCGGCAAGAUGGACUUGCUGCUGCCACUGUGCUUCGACAGCGCGUGCACCAACAGCACCAUCAUGAUGUACUCCGACGAGUGGCACGACCUGCGCGUGAACUUUGCGGACGGGAACAACGUGAUGUGGGGGUUCGUGAACCCCGACGGACAACGGUACACGGACACGAUCACUCUGCGCGGCGGUGACUUCAACAUGGACGGCUACCCGGACCUGCUGGCCACGCUCAAGUCGACCACCAGCAGGCAGAAGCGGUCCUUCCUCUUGGAGAACGUCGCGUGCGACAAAUGCGUUGGUUUCGCCCGGACGUUCCAGGUCAAGUGGCAGGCGUUGAACCCGUUCUACAAUGAGACCGCGAUGGCGGUGUUCUACGACUUCUACCAGGACGGUAUUCUGGACGUGAUCCUGGUGGAGUUCGAGAAGAGCAACGGCACGUACCGUACAGCGGCGUUCAAGAACAGUUUGGACUACGACGCGAACUUCGUUAAGGUAAUGGUCCUGACCGGACGCAACAACAGCUUGUACCCGAUUUCACCGGGGUCCCUUGGGAAGAAGAAGAGGACGUACGGCACCAAUCUGCCUGGACCCUCGAUAGCGUAUCGAACCACCACCCAGGACGGCAGUCCUCGAAACGCGAUCGCCGCCCAGCUACCGCAGAGUGCGCACUUUUCUCUGAACUUACCGUACACGACGUUCGGUUUAGGCAGAACGCCGAACUUCGUCGACGCUCUGACGAUAGGGGUAGGCGGCAAGUCUCGGGAGUGGCCGCAGAUCAUUCCAAACUCUCAGAUGGUCGUCAUUCCGAAUCCGAUAGCGGAGCCGUGGAAGUGGAAGGCGCAGCUGUUCGUGACCCCGAGCAAACUGAUUCUGCUGAGCGCCGCCGCGUUGACGGGCACUUGCGGCCUGAUAUCGUUCAUUAUCAUCGCCUUGUAUUGGAAGGAGCGGAGGGAGGACAAGAUCGAGAAGCUGCAAGAGGCGCACAGAUUCCCCUUCGACGCUAUGUAAAAUACGAGGAUAGAAAUAAGAAUUUGUUGCCCGCUCCCCGUUAACGAAUGUAUAUUUAUUUCAUUUCUCGACGUGUAAGAUGUUUCAUAAACGAUAAAUAAAUUAAGUAACCGAU